AUGUCGCCCAACGCGGACAGCGACUCGAAGACCUCUCCUGGCGCCGUCGUUUCCGCGCCGCCUCAAAAGCCCGAGGCCGCCGCGGCUGCGGCUGCUGCCCCGUCGCCCAUGAUCCAUAUGCGCUGCCUCAUUGUCACGCAGGAUGCGUCGAUCAUCAUUGGGCGCGCAGGCGCGCACGUCAACGAAAUUCGCGAGAAGAGCGGCGCGCGAGUCGUCGUGUCGGAGAGCAUACCUGGCAACCCCGAGCGCAUUCUCAAUGUAAGCGGCCCGCUUGACGCGGUAUCCAAGGCAUUCGGCCUCAUCGUUCGCAGGAUCAACGACGAGCCCUUCGACGUCCCCUCCCUCCCAGGCAGCCGUGCAGUGACGAUCAAGUUCAUGAUUCCCAACUCGCGCAUGGGCUCUGUCAUUGGGAAAGGAGGCUCGAAGAUCAAAGAGAUUCAGGACGCCAGCGGCGCUCGCCUCAAUGCCAGCGAAGGCAUGCUCCCGGGCUCGACAGAGCGCGUUCUCUCUGUUGCCGGGGUUGCCGACGCCAUUCACAUUGCCACGUACUACGUCGGCAACAUCCUCAUCGAGGCGCAAGAGCGCAUGCCCUCCACCGCCAACGCGUCCUACCGCCCAGGCAACCCAACCCGGCGACCCAUCACGAAUGCCCCGUACCCUGGCUCGACCUACGUUCCGGGCGCCGCCUCCUCAUUCUACCCUGGUGCCGCGCCCCCUGUUGCUGCCGCUCCUGGUGCACCAGGCGUGCCUCCCGCACAGGUCCAGACCCAACAGAUAUACAUCCCCAACGAUUUAGUGGGGUGUAUCAUUGGCAAGGGUGGAAGUAAGAUCAACGAAAUUCGCCAUAUGAGCGCGAGUCAGAUCAAGAUCAUGGAGCCGGGCGCGGUGGCGACGGGCAUGCCUGCUGGUGCAGCAGGCAGCGAGGGCGAGCGCUUGGUCGUCAUUACUGGGCAGCCCGCCAACAUCCAGAUGGCGGUCCAGAUGCUUUACCACCGCCUCGAGCAAGAGAAGCAGAAGCAAUUGCGGAACCAGUCCGGCAUUUGA